AUAAGGACGAGGAACAUAGAUAAAAAAGAGUAGCGAUGGCGAGAGAGGUCCCGCAAUACCAAGAUGUUCCAUGCAGAUGAAGUCAUCAAUGGCAACCGGAAAACGACAGGAACCCAGAUAUAAAUUAGCAGUCGUUAUCUGAGCCAUCGACCAACACAAUAGACAACACGGGCCGACGCAAAUCAAAUGCAUACUCCUUUUUCUUAAAUUCCUGAAUAGGACUUGCUCGUGUUCAAUGCGCCGUAUAAUAUAUAUAAAUAUGUGCUUGGCUUCUUGUUGGUAACUUGAGUUUUUCUGCAACCAUAUUCAAGCAUUUCUUACCAGAGUCUAUGAGGAGGAGGAAUUCUGAAUUUUUAUGUCCUUCAUUUAAUUUAUUUCUUGAAUAAAAAAAUAUUUGGGAAAUUUCAAAUAGCAAAUAGCUAGAUACUCUGCUCUGCCGCGUCUACAGAUUCAUAGAGGAGAGGAGGUAAAUAAAGCUCAUUUCCAGCUCCAGAGCAGAGUGGUGAAGGGAGGGAUAAUAAUAACAAGUAUAAUUCAGGUUCAGCAAGGAUGGAGGUUUUGCAGCUCUUCAUCACCGCCUCAAUUCCGGUGUUGAAAGUGCUCUUGAUCACUGCGCUUGGCUCAUAUCUUGCGCUUGAUCACGUCAACAUCCUCGGGGAAGACACUAGGAAGCACUUAAACACUGUUGUAUUUUACGUAUUGAAUCCUGCCCUGGUGAGCAGCAACCUUGCGCGGACAGUAACAUAUGAAAGCAUGGUUAAGCUGUGGUUCAUGCCGGUGAAUAUCCUCAUCACAUUUAUUGUUGGUUCGAUACUAGGAUGGAUACUCCUCCUGCUAACAAGACCUCCUGCACAUCUGCGAGGCCUUGUCUUGGGUUGCUGUGCUGCAGGAAAUUUGGGGAACUUGCUCCUCAUUAUAGUCCCAGCUGUUUGUAAAGAAAAAGGGAGCCCAUUUGGAGCUCCUGAUGUCUGUCGUACUUAUGGAUUGGCUUAUGCUUCACUUUCAAUGGCGAUAGGAGCCAUUUAUUUGUGGUCCUAUGUGUAUAAUAUUGUGCGGAUAUCUGCAAAGAGAGGCACCCAAGAUUCAACCCAGUCUCCGGUGAGAUCCUCCACACCGAACGAAAUAAGUUGCACUGAGCCUCUGCUUUCUUCAAAGGAAUCUGAGGUAGUGGAGGAAAAUGCCAAUCAUUAUGCACUGCCCUGCACUAUAACUGAGGAAAACGCUAAGAUGACAACUUCAGGUAAAAUAAAGCAACGUAUAAUGAUGGUGUUUGGAAAGCUCAAUCUGAAAACAAUAUUUGCCCCUUCUACUACUGGAGCAAUUGCUGGUUUUUCAAUCGGACUCAUCCCUCAGAUUCGAAAAGCACUGAUAGGAGAUGGUGCUCCUCUACGGGUGGUUCAAGACACUGCUUCUUUGUUGGGAGAUGGAGCUAUCCCAACUCUCACUUUGAUAAUAGGAGGAAACCUACUUAAAGGUUUGAGAGGGCCAGGGAUGCAGAAAUCUCUGGUUGUAGGCAUCAUCAUUGUUCGUUAUGUUGCCCUGCCUCUUAUAGGAAUAUUGGUUGUUAAAGGUGCACUCAAAUUUGGGUUGGUGCACUCUGAUCCAUUGUAUCUGUUUGUUCUUUUGCUUCAGUUUUCACUCCCACCAGCAAUGAACAUAGGAACAAUGACUCAAUUGUUCGGAGCAGGAGAAAAGGAAUGUUCAGUUAUCAUGCUGUGGACUUAUGCUUUCGCUUCAGUAUCACUUACUUUUUGGUCCGCCUUUUUCAUGUGGCUUGUGGCCCGAGUGUGAAACAGCUACAAAGCAUCCUCCAUUGAAGCAAAAUUUUACAUCCAUCUUCUAAUAGAAUUGUAGGCAAUUUUUGAAAAAGGAAAAACAAACUUACUUGCAAAUUGUAAACAAAGGCAACUUUUAAUCUUGUACUCAGAUUAUUAGCAUUAAAUGCAAAGUUGAGCAAUCUACUUCUGCAAAUUGAUCCUAA